UCUUGACAGGUCAAAUCAAUUUUAGUAAAAUAAAAAACGUGCGAGUUGAGACGAGGCGAACGCGUGAACUGUGGUCAAGUGCGGUGCGUAUUUACAGCACGGCGCUGCGGGUCCCCACGUUGCCGCUGAUGUCUCUUAUCGGUAAUUAGACUCACAUAAAUAGUUCAUCUUGUUAUUCCCGUCGCAUAUAUCGCGAGUGACGGUCGAGAGGUCGUAUCGGGACUGUGCUGAUGAAAUCAACCGUAACUAUACAAGAAGUAGUAAAUAAAUUAGAUCACCUAUCCUUACCACUAACAACCAGAAUGCCGAACAUCAAAGUGUUUAGCGGGAGUUCCCACCCCGACCUGGCCCAGAAGAUCGUCGAUCGUUUGGGCAUCGAUUUGGGAAAAGUUGUAACCAAGAAGUUUAGCAACAUGGAAACAUGCGUGGAAAUAGGUGAAUCUGUACGUGGCGAGGAUGUUUACAUUGUGCAGAGUGGUAGCGGCGAAAUAAACGACAAUCUGAUGGAAUUGCUGAUCAUGAUUAACGCGUGCAAGAUUGCGUCCGCGUCUCGAGUGACAGCCGUGAUCCCGUGCUUCCCUUACGCGCGACAAGACAAGAAAGACAAGAGCAGAGCGCCGAUCACCGCAAAACUGGUCGCGAACAUCUUGUCCGUGUCUGGCGCCGACCACAUCAUCACAAUGGACCUCCAUGCGUCGCAAAUCCAAGGAUUUUUCGACAUUCCAGUGGAUAACCUCUUUGCUGAGCCUGCUGUCCUGAAAUGGAUCAAAGAGAACAUUCCUGACUGGAAGACCAGUAUUGUGGUGUCCCCAGAUGCUGGAGGAGCCAAGAGAGUGACAUCUAUUGCUGACAGGUUGAAUGUUGAGUUUGCCCUGAUUCACAAGGAGAGGAAAAAGGCGAAUGAAGUAGCAUCUAUGGUGCUGGUUGGUGAUGUGAAGGACAGAACCGCUAUCCUAGUUGAUGACAUGGCAGACACUUGUGGAACUAUCUGUCAUGCUGCAGAGAAGUUGAUAGAAGCGGGAGCUAUUAAAGUGUAUGCCAUCCUUACUCAUGGUAUUUUCUCUGGACCAGCGAUCUCAAGGAUCAACAAUGCCUGUUUAGAAGCUGUUGUUGUCACAAACACAAUCCCACAGGAGAGGCACAUGCAGGAAUGUCCCAAAAUUCAGUGUAUUGAUGUGUCCAUGAUGUUGGCGGAGGCAGUGAGACGUACACACAACGGCGAGUCUGUCUCCUACCUGUUUUCUAAUGUUCCAUAUUAGUAUAAUUUUCUUUAUUUUACAUGAUAUUUUACUUUAAAUAUAGGUGAGUGUUAUAAUUCAUAACAUAAAAUAAAAUGGAAUGUAACUCGUAAAAUUACUGUUAUAACUGCUUGAGUAAAACUUAGUGUUACAUAUUAUUUGUUAUGAAAAAAAAUAUUAGUUUAAUAUUGAGCUAUGAAAGUGAAGGAGGAUAACUGUUGGAACACCAUUGCCUGUUGUCUAUGCUGUUAGAGAUCAGGCAUAGUGAAGCAAGUAAGUGAUUAAUUUGUUAAGAAGAUUUUAAAUGUAAUGUUUAGUGAAAAUCCUGGUAUUCUGAAACAAAACAGUCUAUUUUAUACAAAAAUGAAUUAAGUUUUUUUUUGCCUAAAAUGUUUAUACACAAACACACUUUAUAAUAUUGUUUGCUGAUUUGGCCUACCCUCUUUUGAAUAUUUACUCACUAUAACCAUGAAAUGUUUUGAAUAACUUGUCUGCCAGAUUUUUCAUUCCAUUUACACCAUGAUCAUAUUUGGAAAUUAGGUCUGCAUUUGUAUAUUUAGGUGUUAACAUCCAUAUUACCUUCUCCUGUGAACCUCACCAUACUGUUCUAUAGACAAAAUCAAUUGUUAGUUUAAAAUAAAAGACAUUUUAGUUGUUAAACAUAUGUCUAUGUAUCUCUAAGUACAGUUAGGAUGUUAAUUCUAUUGUAAUACUUGUGAAUGUAGCAUUUAUAUACUACAUAGUUUUUUUUGUGAAAUACUAGGACAGAACUGGACAUAGACAACUUUUAUGGUGACUUAAAAACUUUUUGUAUAUGGCCUAUUUAGCAAUGCUAUUUUGUCCUUAGACAAUAAAAAUGUAUUACCAGUAUUUAUGGUAUGUACCAUGAAGAUUCUGUAGUGGACAAGAAGGUUAGAUACCUAAAAAUAAUUAAACUUUAAUGAAGACAUUGAUGGCCUUGUCUCAAUUUACGUCAUACAUCAAAGUAGCAUGCAAUAAAUAGCUAAGCAAAAAGUAAAAUGUGCCUAAAAAUACAUAAAUAUGAAUUUAAUUCUUUUGGAUCAAUGUCAAAAUGUAAGAGAAUAGUGCUACCAACAUCCUGCUGUGUAUUUUUAAUGAAUUUUGUUUUUUUUUCUGUUUAGUAUAAGUUGUUUGUGUUACAACUUCCUAGCAAUAAAAUAUAUUAAGUUUUAUCUUUCUUUUCAUAAAAGCCACUACAAUGCUACUGAAAUUAAACCAUGAAUUUAAAAGGAUGAUUAAAAAUUCUAAAUGAAUUAUUGGCUAAUUGUUAUCCGGCGAACAAUUCAAGGCUAUUGUUAUGAUUGGUAUAUAGUAAAUUAGAAGCAAUUUGAUGUAUAAAAAAAACAAUUGCCUCAUAUUGUAUAUUUUUUUCUAAAUUUAUAUAAAAAAGGAAUUAUGUAUAUUUGGUUCUGAUAUCUACGAUUAAGAUAACAAUAAAAAGGAUUUAACUAAA